AUGGGUCUCAACUACUACGCCUCGUCGCCUACCGUUGUGCUGCCGCCCCAGCAGUACAACUUCGAGCAGCGCCUCAACGCGCCGCGCUACUCUGCCCACGCACCCACUUCAUCCGCUAUGCCCGGACGGGUUCCAAAGUACCCCACGCCGCCGUCGCUGAACUACCAAGCCGCUCCCUCAAACGCCAUUGCGGGCCGCAAGCGCUCGUUGGAUGAUGCCGACGUUGAUGAAGCACCCGCGGACGGCUCGAAGAUCAUCACGAAGCCGAAGCCUGAGCCCAUCAUGGGUCCUGGCAUGACUCUCAUCUAUCCCGGCGAGCCGGGCUUCGCCAUCGCUGCCGAAUCCCAGACCGGCACCUGGGCUGAGACCAAGCACGAGGUUGAGGAAGCCAACAAGCCGAAGGAGAAACCAAUCGCUGUGUCGCGCAAGUCGCAGCGUACCGCUCAUGUGGACCGUGCCUCUGGCAGCCCUCCUGCUGCGGUCAAGCCCGUCGUCCCUUCGUCUACCAUGGGCGUGGAUUCGUCCUCCCUUGCCUACAAGGCCACCACGAUGCCCAUCGACGACUUCGGCCACACCAUCCAAGACCUGACCAUGGCUCUCGGAAUUGGUUGGAAGGAGAUUGUGUUCAACCCGGAGAAGAAGGACGGCGCGCGCGGUUGGGCCAAGUUCAUCAGCAGGCACUACCCUCUCGCAUGCCCGCAGGUCCUCCACGAGAGCGAGGCCCACGACGCCUUCCUCGUGCACGCGCGCGACGUUGCCGACGACAAGGAGAAGUUCUUCAUGUUCAGCCAAGAUCUGCGCACCUGCAGGUUGGUCAGCACGACGCUCGACGGUGUCGUCCGCAACCUUACUCAACAUCCAAUCGCCUACGAGAGCGACGUGGUCCAAGCGCGCGACACGUCUCCAGUCGCGAUGCCGGCAAGCAACGACACCGAGAUGAGCAUCGACGCGCCUACGCUCCAAGCGGCCGACACCGCCAUGGAGAUGUAA